AAUACGGAGUCAACCUACUAUUUCUAUUUAUAGUUACAGGACAUGUAUAUUUAGAAAUACAACUUGAGCUCCUGGUUGGCAUAUUUAAUGUAAAUGUAAGAUAGGUAAUAAUAACAAGUGUUUAUGUAAAGUGAAUUAAUAUUAGAUCUCUAUCAGUGGAUUUUAUUCGAUCUAAAACAAGCCAAACCUAUAACGAAAAUAACAAAAACACGGAUCAGUCAUUUGUCGUUUUUUACCAGAAGGUAAAUCCGAUGGUGUCUAUCAAGGAUCAUCUUCAUCCAGAAGAAAUCAAUCAAACAGUAGAGAUACCACGAUUAUAGACAAUGAUCAGGAUUCUGGGUUUGAUGCAAACAUCGAGGAAGGAAAGAUAAUAGCAGCCCAGGAUAACAGACUUUGGCGUUACAAUCUAAAAAUAAAUCAUUUAAGGACAAACCAAUUCGGCUAACAUAACAACUAUGAGUACUUAAAUUAUGCAUACAACAGUCGAACUUGAUGCUUAUAAGGACAAUAGAACAUGUCAUGACGAAGCCACUGAAGUCAAUGACAAAAACAAUCUAGAUGACACAAACAUGGAAGAUGACGCUGGGGAAUUGUUCCAUAUCAACAAGGACCAGGAAAACAAUAACAUAACAUCAAAUAGAGAAUUAAUUGGGAGUACUGCACCAACAGCCAGUGAAGAUGAUAGAACGAUGCUCACCAAACAGGUACCAAGAGAGAGGGAUAGCCAUAUAAUUAGACAAACGAAUAUAGACACAGCUAAUAACAACCAGCCAAGUGAAGAACCACCAUCUGAACAACAUUCAGAUGAUACCAAAUUAAAAACAGUUAUGGUUUGUACAAACGAUGAAGAGGAAGAAGAAACUAUAGAAGAGAUUAUACCCGUUAAACAUCAAAGAGGAUUGAUGUCUAAAGCUGAUAGAUGGAAAAUACAAAGACAUACAGAUUAUCUUGUAAAUCAACUAGAUGCUAUAGAACUUAUAAAUAAACUGUAUUCCCAGUUUGUUUUCGGCGACGAUGAUUAUGAUUUGUUAUUGAAUAGCUUAGAGACAAAGGGCCGAUACAGAUGUAUUACACAUAUGUUGAGGAUUUUACGUAGAGAAUGUGGACCAAAUUCCUACAUUCAGUUCCUGGUGGCACUAGAACGAUGUGGCUAUACCUGGGUUAUAAAGACUUUAGAACCUGGAUGUGGUAUCUAUAAAGGAAAGAUGAAAUACAGUGGACAGAAGUUUUAUGAAUUAAUAGACAACACCAGUCCUAAAUAUAAAGAAUUUGUAAAAAGAUGCGAAAAUAAUAUUGAACAGGUCUACCAGGACAAACCAGGACAACAAUUUGUGGUUGUAAAGAAAUUAGAGAAAGGAUGUGUUGAAGUAACUUUUCAUCUCAUAUCACUCGGUUCAAAUGAUGAGGAGGGAUUGCGAAGCUGUCUUCAAGAUGUCGUACAAAGUGGUUUCAUUGAUUCUGAUCCAGUUGAAUCGGAUUCGUUUACAUUUCAUCGUAUCACAGAGGAAGAAAUCGCCACUGAAAGGCAAUCGAUGAAAGGAAAACAAGUAAAAGAUCUUGAGAAUGAAAUACAAACCUUGAAAUUGGAAAUUAUUGAUCUGAAGGUAGAAAAUGAUGCAUUGAAAUCUGAGUCGGUUCAUUCUACGGAAAUUCAGAAAUUCAAAGAACUCGAAGCUAAUAAAUAUAAAGAAAAACUUCAAGAAUUGGUAUCGGAGAAGGACCUGGUUAUUUGGAACAUACGAGAACAACUGGACCAAGAGAAACAAGAUAAUUACAAAUUCCAUCAAGACCUGGACAAAUUACAUCAGGAUCUGGACAGAUUACAACCAGACCUAGACAGAUUACAAUCUGACAAUAAAACACUUCGACAAGAGAAAGACAAAUUGGAAGUAAAACUUGUGGAAGUUGAGCAAAUGCUUGAAGAAGAGAAUCGGGGGGAGGGAGAGAGAAUAUCGGUGAAACGGGCUGGAACUGUACUGAGGAGGAGGGGAUUGGCAGAGGAGCCAAAGAAGAAAAUGAUACAGAUUCACCAUUUUGAUGUCAUUUUGACAUGCUUAACACUAUGCGCGCUAUUUUAUUUUGGCAAUAUUAUUUUUUUUUAAUUAUUAUAUUUUGUAGCUGGGGAUGACUUUUUUAUUAUCUUUGAUCUAAUGGGUGGUCUGCAUUGUUUUAACAGUUUUGUAUAAGUUGAUAUUGCCGUCACCGCUGUCCACCCGUCCAUUGUUUUGUAAAAUCAUUCAUCCGAUAUUUUAGUGAAUUGUUUACGUAAGUACAACGAUGAAUUAUUGAUCGAUCUUUUAUUAAGUUUCAAAUGAAAUAAAAAUGAUUAAUUUCAUUUCCAGCAUAUUGAUAAAGGUAAAUUGUUGUUUGAUUCCAAUGGGCUAUUGACACCAAAUGUGACAACCAUCAAAGCUUUUCCAAUGAGUUGAUCGUCAAUUCUUAUAGCUAACGGUUAUAAUAUCCUUAUCUUGUCUGUCGAAAACAAAAGGAAAGAUAAAACGAGUUGUCUCCCCUGUUCGAAUCAUUCAAUCCUACUAAGAGUUUAAAGGGACAAUAACACUCUUGCUGGCUUGACAGCCCCAGUAAAUAAAUAUUAGCCAUAUUCUAAGUAUUAGAUGCUUAAGUGUCCUACCUGUUGUGUAAAUUCUCCACUACAUCCUAUUUUACUUGUCCAGAGGGUUCGAAAAUAUUUUUAAAUCCUUGUCACAUUUGAAAAUGUUUACGUUAGGCUUUUCAAAUCAUUUAGUUGAAUUUUUCCAAUUUUUUAAAUUAGGUGUGUUAAGAUGAAAUUUGUAUCAUAAAUUAAUUGGAAUACUGUAAAAUAGUACAAUUUGUUGACCAGA